AUGGCUCCACCCUGCACCCUAACCCGCGUCGCAGCCUGCCACGCCUCCCCAAUUUUCCUCUCCGCAGCACAAACCACAGCAAAAGCCCUAACGCUCAUCCACGAAGCCGCCGCCAACAACGCGCACCUAAUCAUCUUCCCAGAGACAUUCAUCCCCGCAUUUCCCCUCUGGAGCGCCCUCCGCGCCCCAACAGAAAACCACGGUCUGUUUGCGCGAAUGGUCACCGAAUCAAUCUCCGCCGACGGCCCCGAAAUUGCUGCGAUCCGAGCGGCGGCGCGCGAGACACGGACAACAGUGAGCAUGGGCUUCUCCGAGAAAGCGCGGAGUAGCACCGCGACGCUGUGGAACGCGAAUAUACUCAUUGGGCCGGAUGGAAAUGUCCUCGUGCACCAUCGGAAGCUCGUCCCGACUUUCUUUGAGAAACUCACCUGGGCGCCUGGGGAUGGGUUCGGGCUGAGGGUUGCGAGGAUGGAAAGCGGUGGGAAUGUGGGCGUGCUGAUCUGCGGCGAGAAUACGAACCCGCUUGCACGGUUUGCGCUCAUGGCGCAGGCGGAGCAGAUUCAUGUUUCGACGUGGCCGCCCGUUUGGCCGACGAGGGUCGUAGAUCCUGAGGAGCCUUUGGAUUCCGCAGGCCGCGGUGAUGAUGCUGCUGCUGCUGCUGGAGGAAACGCAGCAGGGAAAAACUACGACAACGUAGCGGCAAACCGUACACGCGCCGCGGCACACAGCUUCGAGGCCAAGUGCUUUGGUGUCCUGUGCGCAGGCGUCCUCGACGCGCUUGCGAUCGAUAUAAUCGCCGAGGGUGCGAGUAGCCCGACUACCGUACGGCGCACACUCGAGAGCUCGCCUCGGGGCGUGACCAUGUUUCUUGAUCCGACUGGUGCGCCACACCCUGCAUUUAUAGUCAAUAAGGAUAGUAGGGAGACCGAGGAGAAAGAGUAUCUACAGCACGAAGAGGGGCUUUUGUAUGCGGAUCUAGAUUUGGAGCGGUGUGUUGAGGGGAAGCAGUUUCAUGAUGUUGUUGGUGGGUAUCAGCGCGGGGAUGUUUUCGAUUUGAGAGUGAGGAGGGAACGAACGGAGGUUGUUGGUUUUAGUGACCGGGACGGUGAGGAGACACAGGCUUUUGGGCCUAGGGGCGAGGGUGAGGGUGACUGGAGUGGGUAA